AUGAGUGAAUUGAGAAAUUUACUCAUCGCGCAAACGGAGAACAUCGACUCGUUGAAAAGAGUCCUCGUCAAUUUUAAGAAAUUGGCAAAAGUCAAUGUGACAUUGGCUAAGACGCAAGGGCGCCUCGCUACCUUGGAGAUGAUUUGGGCCUCCUGCCGAGAGCAUCAAGUCCAGCUGCUGCAGACUGCGACAUCGGAUGAACAGAAGACACUACCUUACUUCCAGAACGGGGAGUUUAUAGUCGCCGAGGACUACUACAACGACACGGCAGACCUUCUUAGAGAAACGAUAAGUAGAUUUACUACAAAUCAGCCUUCUUCGUUCGAUCGUAGUACCGACUCCUCCGUACGCGAGAGUUACCAUAACAAUUUUCAGUUGCCGCGGAUAUCCCUGCCAAAAUUUUCGGGCAACUUUUCGGAAUGGGAAAGUUUCAAAAACACGUACGAGUCUCUAGUCGCGAAUAAUGAUUCUCUUACAAAUACCCAAAAGUUUCAUUAUCUUAAGACAAGCGUCAUCGGGGACGCCGCUUUAAUAAUAAGUAACUUGAAAAUUUCCGACGCAAAUUACGAGUCCGCUUGGCAACUGAUCAUUGAUGAGUAUGACGAUAAAUUGACUCUUAUCCAUACUCACAUUCACGCCUUCAUGUGUCUGCCGACAAUAAAAUCCGAAAACGUCGCGGAACUACGAACAUUGCGAGACACGGUGUCCGCGUCGCUUGCGGCACUUACUAAUUUAAAUCGGCCGGUGAGCGAGUGGGAUGAUAUUCUCAUAUAUAUCAUAUCAAAAUUCAGUGCAAGAACGAAGAGCGAAUGGAACCUGAAAGUUUCAUCGAGUCGAGAUCUUCCGGCGUACAAAGAUAUCCACGAGUUUUUCACACUCCGCAUACGUGGUCUGUCUGACUUCUCCGAUUAUUCAAAGACUAUAAGUUCUAAGAAUGACAAACAGCGUUCUUCAGUUCAUAACGUUACCGUCGUUAAAUGCAUUUGUUGUUCGGGCAAUCAUGCUAUCACGAGGUGUGAGGAAUUUCGUGGGAAAGACGUACCGCAGAGAAGUAUCAUUGCGCGACAAAACAAAGUUUGUUUUAAUUGUCUGCGAGCGGGACAUUUCACGAGACAGUGUCCGAGUAAAAUUCGAUGCGCUCACUGCAAACGUUCUCACAACACGCUGUUGCAUCAAGAGAAUGUUCAAACGUCAAAUGUCGGUGAAAAUUCCGAUUCAUCUAAAUCAAAAGCUAACGCGACUCCCUGUGCGAACAAGAUUAGUGUUGUCGGCGACGCUGCCGUCGCCAGCGUGCAAUCGGUUAGGCCUCCGAAUAACGCGACGCCCGCGGUCCUCCUAGCGACCGCGUGGGUUAACGUCCAUACGUCCGAAGGCAGAUGCUUCAAGGUUCGAGCCUUGUUAGAUCAAGGAUCUAAUGUUAGUUUUAUCUCCGAGACGUUAUGUCAAACGAUUCGCACUAGACGACAGAGGACCGAUCUACAAAUCAAGGGCUUCGGCGAAAAAUAUACCGGCUCGGCGCGAUCGCGAGUUUCGUUGAAAUUGACACCGUGCGAUAAGUCGAACCCGGUUUUCCCCGUUACCGCUUACGUUUUCCAUUGCAUUACGUCAUACGCCGCAACGCGUAUUCAGCCGGUCAAUUCGUGGCCUCACCUGCAAGGCCUUUCGUUAGCGGAUCCGGAUCCGUCAAGCAGACACCAGAUCUAUAUGUUAAUCGGCGCGGACGUGUACGGUUCGUUACUGAUGCGUGACCUGAGAAAGGGUCCGCCCGGAAUUCCCACUGCUCAAUUGACCGCGUUCGGCUGGGUGAUUUCCGGACCGACCGGAUCGAAAGAAUCAGCCCUCAGUGAGGCUGCUUUUCUAAAUUGCGUUCUCGCUGAACAGGUGGACUUUCUCCUCCAAAGAUUUUGGGAGGAUGAAGAGAUCUCUGCGCCGGCCUCCCCCACGAAUGAGGAGGAGCAAUGCGGAUCUCACUUCAUCGAAACACACAGCCGGGAUUCUGAUGGCCGCUACGUAGUGAGAUUGCCUUUCAAGAGAGAUCCGCCGUUCGAUAUCGGGGAAUCUCUAUCCAUCGCGAGAGCGUUGUAUCGUCGCAUGGAGAAUCGACUAGACAAAGAUUCCGAUCUCAGUUCGCAAUACCGCGACUUCUUGUUAGAAUACGAAUCACUCGGCCAUAUGACGCGCGUGGACGAGGCUGAAAUUACGGAGACCUUGCCAGUCUACAUUCCCCAUCAUCCGGUGAGCUGCACCACGAAGCUUCGCAUUGUCUUUAACGCGUCUUGUAAGAUUUGA